GGAUCACAAAGUUUAACAAUAACAGAAUUUGAGCCAGAGGACCUAGAAACUGAGCUGUAUGGAGACAGAUACCCAGGUUAUAAUGGACACAUCAUAGCAGACAAGCUGAUCCACAGCAGAGAUGAGCAGAAGCAGCUUCAUCCGGCGGAGGAGAAAAGAAUUGAAGAUCACUGGGGGAUUUUUGAGGCCGAGAGGAUAAGGCAGAUUGUAGAAAUGGAAGAACAAAGGGAAAUGGAAGAAAAAAGGUGCCAAGAACUUGAGCAGAUGCAGAAAGAGCAGGAGAGAAGGCACUGUGAGGAAGAGAGGAGGCAGUAUCUUCUUGAAGGAGAGAGAUCUUUGGAAAUAGAAGAGCAAACCUGCCAGAAAGAAGAGAGAGGACUGCAGGAGGCUGAAAAGAGGCAAGGUCUAGAGGAGCAGAGGCGCCAGGAACUGGAGCAGCAGAGGCAGAAGGAGUGGGAGGAGCAACAGAGACGAGAGCUGGAGGAGCAGAAGCGCCAGGAACAAGAGGAGCAGAAGCUCCAGGAACGGGAGGAGCAACAGAGACGAGAGCUGGAGGAGCAGAAGCGCCAGGAACAAGAGGAGCAGAAGCUCCAGGAACGGGAGGAGCAACAGAGACGAGAGCUGGAGGAGCAACAGAGGAAAGAGCUGGAGAAGCAGAGGCGCCAAGAACUAGAGCAGCAAAGGCAGAAGGAGUUGGAGGAGCAACAGAGACAAGAGCUGGAGGAGCAGAAGCGCCAGGAACAAGAGGAGCAGAAGCUCCAGGAACGGGAGGAGCAACAGAGACGAGAGCUGGAGGAGCAAAAGCUCCAGGAACGGGAGGAGCAACAGAGACGAGAGCUGGAGGAGCAGAAGCGCCAGGAAAAGGAGGAACAGAGACAUCAGGAGUUGGAGGAGCAGAAACAUCAGGAAUGGGAAGAGCAGAGGUGCAAGGAGCUGGGGGAGAAACAGAGUCAAGAGCUGGGGGAAGAAAAGCCGAAACGAGAGCUAGGAGAGAAAGAGCUUCAAGAAACUGAAAUAAAACUGAAGCAGAAAGAAGCUGAGAGCCUCAAACAACAGAAGAAACAGGAGGAACAAAGGCAGCGUGUGAAGGAGAAAGGAGAAAAGACAGAGAAGGAACAACCCCAGCAAGUAACGGAGAAGAAAAAGAAACGGGAAGAGCAGAGAAAACACAGGCUCACAAAACAAAUGCAUAUGGAAAGUGCAGAGGGUCUGCUACAGGAUGAACUGAGGCAGGAAAAGGAACAAAAUGAACAAGAAGGGAACAAGCUGGACGAGCAGAAGGUAGGCACAGAAGGACAAAAUCUUCAGCAAAAUCAACAAGAAAAAUCCUUGGAACAGCAACAGGACAAGGAUCAGUUGUGCUCUGGAGGGGCUGAUAGGCAUCCAGUAGAGGAGAAGCUCCAAGAAGGACCAAGAUCCCAAAAACUCAAACAGCCAGAAAAAGGGAAUAAACCAGAAGAAGUCGUCCUAGCCCAGAAACUGAAGAGAGAGGCUGAGGCUCAGGAGCAAAAGCGAAUCGGGGAAGAACUUAGGUGGCAGGAGGUAGAUGAGAGACAGAGUGCAUCCAGACCCUUCACAUUCCAGGUGUCUUCUGGGGACAAACAGAUCAUAUUUCAGAAAGUAAAUCUGAGUCCAGUCAUGCCCGUCAGAGGUGCAGGACUCUCCUCCCCCUCGGUCAAAGACUCCAGGGUGCACGCUGCCAGCAAGGGCUCUCCCGCACUGCCGUCAGCCGUGUGCGUGCCCCACACGGCUAUCCUGGUGACUGGAGCACAGCUGUGCGGCACAGCAGUUAACCUGAACCAGAUAAAGGACACGGCCUGUAAAUCCUUACUUGGCUUAACGGAAGAGAGAAAAAAUGUGGAUAUCCCUUCGCCAGAGAAGGCGCAGAAAAAACCCCAGGACCCCAAACCCAGCAGCAGCAAAAUGAAAUACGCGCAGGAGUCGUUGAACAACCAGGCCGUGCUGGCUGAGUGGGCCUCCAUCCGCUCCAGGAUCCUCAAGAAUGCGGAAAACAGCAAAUACAACGAGAGAGACCGAGGAAGCAUCUGCAGACACAGCGACGACUGGACACCUCGAGGACGUGGUGCUCCCCAUGGCAACCUGAGGAAAACCCUAUCUGCCAAUGCAAAGUUCUCGAUAACACCAGCGUGGCAGAAAUUUUCAGAAGCUUCAAAACCCACUUCAGAGGUUGAGAACGUGAGUGCGGCGAAAGGCAGCGAAACAGCGGCCGUGGGGAGAACCGCUGGCCCACGCACUGACUCGAAAGAGGAUGUGGCUUCCGCUGCUAAGGAGAACGUAGCUGAAAAGGCUAAGGAGAAAAUGGAAACCCACAGUGAAACGACCGACAACACAGAAGGCUGUAAAUUUGCGAAAGAUCUUCCAUCUUUCCUUGUUCCAACUUUUCCUCAUUCUCCGGGUAAAGAAUUACCUCAGGCAGAACUUCCCGACGCUCCGGAAAGUCAGCAGAGUAACAGCACAAAAAAAGCAGAGAAACCAACGCCAAACGGAGAAGAAAACAUUUCUCCUUUUGGGAUAAAAUUACGAAGGACAAACUACUCUCUACGUUUCCAUUACGACCAACAGGCAGAGCAAAGGAAAAAGAAAAGAUACAGCGCAGGGGAUAGUUUUGAUGGCGUGCCUGACCCACUAGUUACGACAGAAGGUGAGAAAGAAUCUCCUGGUUCUGCUCCACACGAGAGUACGUCCCCGGGCACGGGAAGAGUGAACGUCCCUGGUAAUUUAAAAGACCCAAAAGACACUUCAGUUGCUGUGGUGGAGAUUUCACAACCAGCGGUCCUCCCCGCCACCGGGCAGAGUGCUUUACCCCCUCAUGAGAGACCAGCGUGCAAGUCAGCGGUCCCACAGAAACCCGCUUUAGCUCCAAAGCCCACCAGCCAGACACCACCUUCGUCUCCUCUCUCUAAACUGACCCGGUCGAACCUGGCUGACGCGCUUGGGCAAAGGUUGGUUAAAGCCGAGUCGGACGGCGGCUGGAGAAAAGAAGACAGAGCCAACGCAGGGCACCCCACGCCACCCAACGAGUACAAAAACGAAGAGGAGGAGGUCAGAGAAAAGAAGUCGUUUUUCCCAUCUAUAAGUAUCCCAUGGAGAGAAAAAAAUGACAAAAAGCCUGAGCCACCGAAGAAAGAAAAGCCAGUCCUCCAGAGCAGGCACUCUUUAGAUGGCUCUAAAUUGAUGGAAAAAGUUGAAACUUCACAACCACUUUGGAUUACGUUAGCGCUGCAAAAGCAGAAGGGAUUCCGUGAGCAGCAAGCUACGAGGGAAGAGAGGAGACAAGCCAGAGAGGCAAAGCAAGCGGAGAAGCUGGCUAAAGAAAACGCCGCCGUCAGCCAUCAGUCAGACAAUAAAAGCAGCAGCAGCAGCAAAACAAGCACACUGCAGAAAUCCACAACUCAAGAAGGGGAGAAGAAAAUAGAAAGUGCUGUGUCAAGACUAGAAAGAAGGGAACAGCUGAAGAAGUCAAACACCCUUCCAACUUCUGUGACAGUGGAAAUUUCAGACUCUGUUCCAUCAACCCCACUGGCAAAGGAGGUGGCCAAGAGAUUCUCUACGCCGGACGCUAACCCUGUGUCAACAGAACCAGCCUGGCUUGCAUUAGCCAAGAGGAAAGCGAAAGCCUGGAGUGACUGUCCACAGAUCAUAAAGUAAACUGUAAAACCACAUCUCUAUUGCUAUUAAUUGCUUUCUUUUUAUUUAUUCAGCUUUUUACACAUGACAAAACUGAAAAUGCAUGUACUGACGGACUGAAAACAGAACCGAUGACCGUUUUGCUCUAGCUCACUGUAAAUUCUUCUCAAGUCAUGUAUUUCAUUGCUUUGACAAAUAGCUAAAUGAGGUCAA